AUCCACAUACAAAAGUAAUUGCAAAAGUUGGGGAGAUCAACAACAACAACCUUUAUUAUGGUGACUCAUGAUGAUUUUCAUGUUGUUUUUUCUUUUCGUUAUUAUUCAAUUUUAUUCCUUUAUUUCUGUUAUUUUUAGCUGAGCGUGGCUGGAGUGUGCACAGGCAAGGCAACUUUACUUUCACUUUGCAGUUCCUCUUUUCCUGACUUGUUUCACAGAAACGACGUGGUAGUGAGUCGUCCACGGUCGUGUUUGAGGGAAGAACUUUUCUCCGAAGUUAUUUCUCGUUAUGUGGACGACGAAAGUGUACUCGGCGUGUCUGUGCUGCUGAGAGUGAAUAAGUCAAGUCCACCCAGGUCAUGGAUUUCCAGAGGCUGCUUCUAAGAGCAGCAAAUGACCUGAGGAAUGAUGAUGUCAGAGCUUUGGUGUUCCUUUGUACCGAUCUGCUGCGAGCUUCACGCUCAGACUCGGUGGAGACGGCCAGUGACCUCUUCUCCAUCCUGGCCGACCAGAACCUCCUCACACCUGAACGACCUGACCUGCUCACCGAGCUUCUCCUCAUCAUCCAACAAAACAGUCUCAUCCGGGACUUGAAGCUCCAAAUGCCUCUGAACACCCGCCUCAUCCCUCCUUUCAGGAAGCUGUUGUACGACCUUUCGUUGGAUAUUACCAAUGAAGACUUGAAAACGAUGAAGUUCUUCCUCCGUGAAAAGAUUCCACGGAGGAAACUGGAACAAAGUCAAUCAACACUGGAGGUCUUCCUGGAAAUGGAGCACAUGGACUUUCUCAGCGACACCAACCUGAACUUACUGGAAGAGAUCAUUACGUCUGUGUGCCCAGUGUUGAAAGAAAAGAUCAUCAAGUUUAAGGAAGCUCAUGCUUCCCUGUACCUGACGAAAUGCAGUCACUGGGAUCCAAGUCGUCAUCUUUUGAACAGAACCAAGUCAGCCAGUCCUCGGAGCAUCAGAUUCCUGGCUCAUGUGAGCUGUCAGAACUGCCAUCGUCUGUCGAGGGAAGAGCGUAUCGAGGUUGUCAUGACGAUUGCAUCAAAGUGUGACGUAUCUCUCAUGUUGUUUUUCUUAGUGGCACAGUUCUUCGUGUUUUCUUCCUACACUUGCGUGGAGAUUGUGAGUGUGGGGAGUGUUUUAGAUUACAACGAGAACCUGUCACGUGGACUGAGAGCAAUGACCACUGAAGAAAGUAGCCGUGUCGACACAAUAUUGACAAGAGAAGAUGGGCAUUCCUCUUUUGACACAGAAGAUCCAACAAACACAAGUGAUGAGGAUGUGAAAACCUAUUCCAUGAAUGGAGUCAAACGUGGAAUCUGCCUAAUAAUUAACAACAUUAACUUCAAGGAAGUGGAAAGGAAACUCAAGCAGAGAGAGGGGACCAUUAUUGAUGAAGCUAGUCUGAAGAAGGUGUUUGAAUGGCUUGGCUUCGAGGUUAACAUCGAGCGUGACUGCAACAAGGAAAAGAUUCUCUCAUCAAUACAGAAGCUCAGCACCAGAGACCACAGUCAGAUGGACUGCCUGGUGUGCUGCGUGCUCAGCCACGGGGAGCAAGAAAGCGUGCACGGCGUGGAUGGCCGCACUGUCCAGCUCACGGAGCUCAUGCAACCGCUCAAUGGGUUGCAUUGCCCUUCUUUAAACGGAAAACCCAAACUAUUUUUCAUCCAGGCCUGCCAGGGCUCCGCCAAGCAAACCCCCGUUUACUUUCAGAGUGACGGCCCAACAGACACCAACUUGACCUACGAUGCCGGACCAGUGAAAAGAUCCAUCCCAGCUGACGCGGACUUCCUGCUGGCUGUGGCCUCCAUCCCAUUGUAUGUUUCUUGCAGAAACAAGAAGUCCGGCACUUGGUUUAUUCAGUCUUUGUGCCAAAACCUGACCACAAUGGUCCCCAGGAAUUACGACCUAAUGGAUAUCAUGACCAAAGUGAACAAUGAUGUGAGCCAGCAGACCGCGUGUUUGGAAUCCAGGUCCGUGAAGCAGAUGCCACGAUGUGACUCCCGUCUCAGGAAGAAAGUCGUCUUUCCGGUUCCCAUAGAGCAUCCCGAACGGCUUUGACCGUCCUGCACCUGUGAAUACUCCAAGGGACGUUUGUUGCCGUUUUACAUUCAUAGUGUCUUUCUCUGGACGUUAAUGUUUUACAGCAAGUAUCACCUAAAAAAAUACUUAGCUCUCCAAGUACCACCAUCAUGAAUAACAGUAAAAUACAGUAAUGUCGGAGGCCCAAGUGUUCAUCAAAACGCGAAAGAGGUUUUAUUCCUAAAAUUAUAUUAAAGUGGCACUAAACAGGGCCAAAAAUUUUUUAGUUUAUAUGAUGUAAAAUCACGUUCAGAUGCUCAACUUCAAAACUGAAUGGUUAUUGUGGACUAUAAUCAUAAAAAUAAGCACACAAGUUAACUUACCCUCGUUGUUGGGAACAUAAUGUCACAGCCGAACACGGCACCUGACGACAGCGGGACGGUAGGAGGAAGCCCAGGUAGUUAGACAGUCGGCAAUGCCCCAUUCACUACUAUUCAGUUACCCAUGCUGUCUCUGGUGAACGUUUACAAAACUAUCCGAGUCGGGUGGUGGUGCUGAUGUUCAGCUCGUCAUCAGCGUGUGUUUUCAAAAAGACAAUCCAUCGCUUUUUUUAUUCACUUAUAUCAAGUUAACCACAAAGCCAUGUUGCAGCAUUAUGCAUGGUUUGAAUAUUAACACUGCAGAGAUAUAGGAAAAUAAAAAAAUACUUGAGUAAAUGAUUCAAUUAAAAUGUUAAAGAUUAAAUAAAUAAAUGUGAAACAACAAACCGUUCUUCAACCUUAAAGGCAAAUGUGUUGUAUGUAAAUGUUAAAUACAUCUGAACUGUACUCAAGCAGUGAUUCUUUUGCACACCACUAGAGGGAGCCCGCCUACCACUAGUCGUACUCGUACCCCACUUUGAAAAUCACUGCUGUUGCUGUAAACCAAAACCUGUAUCAAUGUCAACCAUGAGAUUAACAGAAUUCUUUCAUACGAUAAUGAUCCCAUUUUCUGUAUUUUUUUAACUCAUUCAAUGCCAAAGACAACUAAAGUCAUUCUUUAGAAGCCAAACGUUCAGCGCCAAGCGUCGUUUUUUAUGUUUCUUUUCACUGGGAGGCAUGCAAAACGGGCUGAUUUACCACCACCAUGGAGCGCCUCACGAGUGUCCUCGCACCUCUUUUUUAUGGCAAAUCCUUGAAACUAUGGUGACAGACACUGUGCUCUGACCACUGUAAGGUAGGCAUAAAAGCAUCAUCCAGCGUUGUGAACGAAAUACAUAGUUUGUUACCCUACUGAGGUCGAUUUUUCAGGUAUCUGUACUUUAGUGUUUAUUUUUAUUUUUGUACGAGCACUACGGAAGUUAAUUAAUUAUCCAAACUGUGUAUUUUUUUGCCAAUUUAUCAAAAUGGAUAUUUUACAUAAAUGACAGAAAAUCUAUUUUGCAUUUUACUAUGGUACUUAAGUACAUUGCAGUCUGUACUUCAUACUUAAAGACCUAGAAAAGUUUUUUUUUUUAAAUGCAUUAAAUGUGUUUGAAGGUAAGUGCUAAAAACGUGCAAUGACUGAGAACAAGGAGUGAAUUGCAGAAAUAUUGCAUUAAACUCUUUUUCACCAUUUCAGUUGAACAGAUUUCUUUUGGGCGUAGCUAACACGGUGGCCAGAUGAUGCAAAGGAGACCUCCAGCAUGAGAGUACCAAGCGCCCUUGUUCCAUGCAGUGGCCAUUCAGCGCAAUUGAAAUUUCCUUAUUUAUAAUAACUUGGCCCAUUUCUACCAGCACAACAUACAGUUAGCUAUUGAACUAUGCCUGCAACUUCCCUGAAGUUGUUUCUGUUAUUUGGGAUACAGUAUCUCUGCUGUGUGCACCUACGCACGGCGCAUAGCGUGGCAGCCCCCCACGCGAGCCCACCGCCACCUUCUCAACGUCAUUAGGGCCGUCAGCCUCACAAUUGCUAAUGUGACAAAAACUGGGGACCCCCCCCAAAAAAAAUCUGAGAUCAGGACGUUCCCAGUGAUGUCAGCCAUGGCUUGCGUUUGAGAGUUUGACAGCCAAAGGGAAGAAAAUUUACGUAAGCAUUUACGUAUAGGUGCCAUAUGUUACCAAACAAUUUUUUCCCUAGUAUUUGGGAUGUAACAUUGGCUCUAUGGUGCCUCAGUAAACGUGAAAUAUGAAUUAAAAUCGUCCACACAUUCCUGAGUUUCAUAUGCUUUUCUAAUGUGAGGCCUGAAAUCAGGUCAUUCGAAUUUCUCGAGCUUAGCUAUGUCACUAGCGAAGAUCUCCGCCUUCCCUUUCCGCUCUGGAGCCAGCGUUGUCAACAUAAACACGUGUGCCUUCACAAGUGGGUCUUCUCCACGGAGGCAACCAAUCAGAGGAAAUUACUUAGCCAAAUAUGGACAAAUUGGAUACAAAACUGGGACAAACAGAAGGAGCUGUCAGAGGGACCUUUUCUGGACACUCGUAUGACAAAACCAAGGUCAUUUUUUUGUGUGUUUUUUUAAAAUGAAAUUGAUGCUUUUAUACUAAGUCCAUGUUAGAGACUCACUCUAUGGAGGUCUAAAUAGCCCAAAUAUGGGACCUCUAAAAGUGUAAACUAGAAUUCCUCUAAAUUUGUGAACCCGGGGGGCGAUAUUGAUUGAGCUGUUAUAAGCCUGUAUUAAUAAAUUACUAAAUGUGGAAAUAGA